AUGGCGAUAGUUGCCGGACUACCUCAGUACGUGGUGCUCCGAUCAAAGACCUACGGGACUUACCUGCACUACCUGUGGAACGACGAGUUCGGCGAGAUGCAAAGGUGUUUGGGCGCUAAGCGGGAGGUGGAUCCGGUGAGCCCAUUCGUGAAGCUGGAGGUUGUUCCUUCCACCACCAACCCUUCAUCGUACGUCCACCUCCGCUGCUCCUACGACAACAAAUUCUUGCAGCUUAAGGAUAUGACGUGGUAUUGGGUGGCUGCCAUCGCCGAUGCCCCCAACGAGGACAUCUCCGACCCAGUCAACUGCACCCUCUUCCAGCCCUUCUUCCCCACCGACCAGCCGCCGAACACCGUGGGCUUUAACUACGUCCCCAACCAGAAGCGUGUCUACCUUGCCAACGAGAGUGCCGGCAACCCGGACAUGUUCCAAGUGGCAAUGGUCUACGGCCCCGAGGAAGAAUGGACCAGUUAUUUCGAGUUCGCAGCUUGGGAGUCGUACGAGGACAAGAUGAAGGCCAAAGACGAGGUGAUCCUGGCCUGGGAGGCGUACGAGGAGGAGAGGAAGACCAAGCUGGAGGCGGAGAAGCUGGCCCUGCAGUCCGCGGUGAGUUUGGCGUGGAACUCGUUCGACGGGAACGUCACGGCCGGAAAUUCCCCGGCAUCGAUCGUCAAGAGUAAAGAUUAA